GCUUGCGUAGCUAUGACGUGUCAGCACUCUGCCGCUUGAAGGAGGUUUACAUUUUACCAUAUCCGGGAUGUUGGUCGAUAUUAUUAUGAGCGUUAACUGACCUUUGAGGCAGACGCGAAUUUAUAAGUCACCGAAAGAAGCUAUUCUCUGCUCGGACCGACUUUGAUUUAUUUCGUAUCAUCCAAUAGGUUCGUACACGCGUGUGAUCAACUGCCCCUUGGACUGGUAAUGCACGUGAGUUUGUGUACAUAAACUACGCAUGCGCACAGGAGAGAUUAACCUGAACUGAGUUAAAUUUUAGUUACAGACUGCAGAGGCUCGCGUCAAAAUGGAAUAGAAUCUCUAAUAUGUGUUGAGAUACGUACACGUCUCCUUAGUUUGUCUACAUAUUCACGGCCCUACAGUUCACCAGCAAUGUCUAUGCCACACCGCACUCAGCGCCAGCACUGUUAUCUGUGUGAUUUACCACGGACACCUUGGGCAAUGCUUCACGAUUUUUCCGAGCCCGUUUGUCGCGGCUGUGUGAACUACGAGGGACCAGACAGGAUAGAAAUGGUGAUAGAGGCAGCCCGACAGAUGAAAAGAGCUCACGGGUUUGAAAGUCAACGCAAGCAGCUUCACCCUCCUUCGCAAGCGAACAUGGCAGCGAGCCGCGGCGGUCCUCCUGAAAUCCCUCACGGCGAAUUGCGGCCAGGUAUCCCUGCGGGCAUACCAGGUAUGGAGCGUUUUGAGGCCCGGUCGCGAGCUAUGCUACCUGUUGAAUACGUGCCGGCGGGACAGAGAGGGCCUCACGCAUUACCAUUACCGCACCAGAGGAACAGACCCGAGGAACGCGUGAGUCCAAUAACCAGUGGAAGAGGGGGCGGCGGUCACCCACCGGGCCCGGGGCAUCAUGCUCUACCUCCGCCACAGAGCAGAAUGGCACCCAGCUCAACUACUCUGGGACUGAUGGAAAACAUUCAAGGUAAACGCGAGGGAGACGAGAGAGAAUCUCCAGGGCAUGUGUCAAGUGGGGAUGAGGUAUCACGCAGACCUCCCACUGUUGAGGAGCUUAAUGCACGGCCACCCAUUGUGAGAGAAACCCUGUCUGUUCUGUGUAGUUGCACUCCUUUUGAAGUGAGGUUUAAAAAGGACACUUCUCUGCGUGCACGCGUCAUUUCUUUCGACGCAGGACACAAGCCAGGUAUUGAUUACGAAUUGAAAAUAUUUGUGGAAUAUCCCACUGGCUCUGGCAAUGUAUACAACAGUGCUUCUGGAGUGGCCAGGCAAAUGUAUCAGGAUUGCAUGAAAGAUAUGGGAAAAGGUCUCUCUUCAGGAUUUAAGUAUUUGGAAUAUGAAAUGAAACAUGGCACAGGAGAUUGGCACUUACUUGGAGACAUGCUGCCAGAGCCAGUGCGAUUUUUUAAAGAACCAGUAAAGCGGGACAUAUUACCUGUGCCGUACCUGGAUCCUAGUUGCCCAACAUUACCCAGUCCAAAUGGCACCACUUUGCCACGUGGGAUAAUGAAAGGAUUUCCCAGGAAUUUUUUUGAUGGACAGAUCAGGAAAAGGAAGGCAUCGCCUGAGCCAGAUUCACAGGAGGGACCAAGUAAAGUCAGUGAGGAACAACAUAAACGUCACCAGUGGAUGCAGAGCCAAGCAGAGGCUCUCAAAUUAACAAUCGCUUCAGCAGGAUACACAGCCAGCAAUUCCUGCCCCUCAAGCCUGUCGUCCACCUCUCCAGGCAGCAACCAAGGCAGCACUCCACCCGAUGUGACACCCAUCAGUCAGAGUGGGCCGUCUCCAAUGGCUGCCCUAAUGUCAGUCACCGACAACAUUCGUAAUCCGUCACCUAGAAUGUCCAGUAGCCCAAAUAACAUGAUUCUUUCACAUCAUUCUGCGCGGGAUCAGCAGCUCUUGCUGCGGGGGCGUCACAUGUUGCAGGGAGGGGACAAGGCAGUCACUUCAAACUUGCCCGAGUCAACGGUAUCAAAUGGAGAGGCAUUGAAAUGUACUUUGUGUCAGGAGCGCCUAGAAGACACUCAUUUUGUUCAGUGUCCGUCAGUCGGGGACCAUAAGUUUUGUUUUCCUUGUUCUCGGGAGAGCAUCAAGAGACAGGGUCCAGGCAGUGAGGUGUACUGCCCUAGUGGGAAGAAAUGCCCCCUGGUUGGGUCCAAUGUGCCCUGGGCUUUUAUGCAGGGGGAGAUUGCAACAAUACUUGGGGAGGAGUAUAAAGAAUUUAAGAUCAAAAAAGAGAAAGAUGCCUAAAAGAAUAGAUACAGAAUUAGAUGCUUUUAAAGAUAAUAUUGAAUUAAGAGAGAAGUUCAGAUAUUUUCAGAUUUUUUGAGAUCAAAAAAGAGAGAGAUGCCUAAAAGAAUAGAUAAAGAAUUAGACACUUUUAAAGAUAACAUUAAAUUAAGAGAGUAGUUAAAAUAUUUUCAUAUUUUUUGUGGCAUAUUUUUGGGAAAAAUAAGGUCAUAUUAGUGGCUAUUUUAAAUUGGUUAAACUUGUUCAUGUAAUAUUUUGUCACUUCAUACAUGAUAAGACAUUUGAAACUUGAAAUAUUUUAGAUAAGUAUUGUGCCUGUAAACUUACUUUAUGUUGUAAUGUGCACUUUACGGAACCAUGAAAAGGUUUUUGUAAAAUAUUACUCUAUGAAAGAGCAUUUUAAUUGAAAAAUAAUGUCUCAAAUAAUGCCAUUAGAGGUAUAAUUUGCCUUCUAUGGUAGGGUUAUGAAUUUUUUUUUCAUUUGCAUAUAGACCAGUAUUUACUUGAAUACAGAAUUAAGUUUAUUUAUUAAUUCCUUGCAUUAGACACGGGUAUUUGAUAUCUGUGGAUGAGCCUGCACUUAAAUUGCACGUUCCUGUAAUGGUAUAAUGUAGUGCUUGGAGAUUUGAAAAUGAGGGCACCAUAGUAGAGUUUACUUUAAGGCAUGAAUAAUAGUUGUGGGUAGCUAAGCUGGGUCACAAACAUGCCCAUGUAUGAAACCAUGUAAAUCUUUGUAUGGAGUGCAUGACGUUUGCACAGUACCUGCGGAAUGUACUACUUCAUAAGUCCAGGGACGAGGGGCUGAUUAGAUGGCCCUGGUACAGCAGUAUGGAGGUCCACACUGUCAGGGUCAGGUGAACUCCUGACUGAUAACAUCAUUCUGGAUGUGUGCGUGUGACUGGUAGAUAUCUAUGCUUAAUUCCCCUGCAUUAUUCCCACAUGACUCACAGCGGCUAUCUGAUUGAUGGGUACUGCUGUGUAUAAUUCUGGUAGCAUGAUAUAUUUCAGGAACAUAAGAUACGAUGAGCUGGAAGUGCAUUUGUAGUAGACUUGCGUUAGGGUUAGGAUAUAGGAGAUAUUGUCAGAAAUACUAAAAUUUUAACCACUAUUUCAUGUCCAGACCAAACUCUAGGCUUGCCAAAAGAGAGUUGGGAAAUGAUUUCACUAAAUAUCUAACAAUGUAACUAAAACAUGAGACAUUUGAGAAAAGACAAAUGGAUUGAUUUCAAAAUGGCUCCUCCAGAACGAUGUAUAUUUGAUGAAAUGCAAACUAUUACUUAACACAUGCAAACUAGCAUGUGCAAUUUCUUUAGUUCCUAAUGAUAUUGGCCAAAGAAAAUGAAAAGAAGUAUUAGAUUUCUUCAUUUUUCAUCUCGCUAUCAAAUUGAUUCAGAACUAAAUUAUUUAUUUAUUUUGCUUAAGUGGCUAGGAUACAAAAUGGUCAGACAGGGAUUUGGGUGGGCUCUGUUUGUGGUCAGUGGUCAACAUGACGUGGACAGUGACUGAAAAUGUGGACAGAACUAGACCAGGACAAUGUACUAUAUAGAUAUAUAUUUAUGUAUACAUAAAUCACAGAACAUGUACAGACCUUGAAACUAUUUUUUUUUUUUGUUGUUGUGAUGUGACAACGUGCUGGAAUGUCACAAACAAUAAAGCAUACAACCAAAGGGUUGCCCAACACUGGGCGAGUUGUAGCUCUAACAAUGCAAUGUGCUGAGAACAGGAAAGAGGGAUCGAAUUCUUUGACACAUAUUCUUUCUCUGGCCAACCCAGCCAGACUGUUGUAAGAUUGUGCAGUAAUCUAUAUUGUCCUGUAUUCAGUAACUAUAAGUGGAAAAUUUAACAGGUGUUAACUUCAGGAUGAGUUAUUUUUUACUGGUUCUUAAAAUUCCUGUUCCUCUUUUAGUGAAGUGUUAUGUGGUUUACCUGUGUAUGUCAUUUGGCUUCUUAUGUGAUUUUUUUAAUAGUUUGGUUUUUGUCAGUGCUCUUGUUUUUUAUGGCUAGUAUUGCAUAUUUAUGGGUGCAAAUAAGAAAUUAUCUAGCUUAAAGAUACUACAUUUGUAUUGAACAUAUGGAGAAAAUACAUUUUCCUAGAUAAAUAGAUAUAUGCCAACUUGUAAAACAGACUGAUCAAUUUGUCAUGUGGAGGGUUGUACAACAGCAGCCUAUGUUCUGGAACUUUUAAAACCUAUAUGGGACAAUAUUGAAAAAAGGAAUAAAUUUGUAUCAAGUAUCA